ACUUUGUGGGGUCUCUCAGCAGUUGAGAAUCUAGUGAUGGCUUCUUCGUUGACUGGGUUGUUGUUUUUGGCCCUCUGCACAUUGACCUACAGUCAGUGGCCACCACAAUCGUCUGUCCCGAUUGCAGGUGGGCCCUUGCCAUCGCUGGGAGUGGGACUGGUGACACCAGCGCCACUGCCAACGCUUUCACAGGACUUGGAAGAAAUCAUACGUCUUAUACAAUUCAAACCAAUUAAGCAACUCGUUUUGCGUUACCUAUUGAACGAUGCGGAGUUCCAGGCAUUUGUGAGAAUUAUAAAUAGCCAGUCGGGAUUCACUGCACGCUGGCGUUUGUUGUCCCAGCCCGAAUUGAUUCAAUUUUUGCAAUGGGUUGACCAACAGCUGGUUGCCUCUGGCGGUGGUUCAUUUGAGUUUGAGGAAAAUGAAUUGGGCAUUAGCCUAUGGAAUCGUUAUCCAUAUUGGUCGGGUUCAGUGCUUGGCUGGCGUGGAUUCUUAAGCGAACUGCAACUCUAUUUUCCCCAGUAUGCCAUACGGGGUCUCAUCGAAGCCAAGGUACUGCAGCGUGGUAUCUUUUCACAGUUCUGGACACGCAUGCAAGCCUUACAAGGCGUCUACGAACGCUGGUUGACUUGGCCCGACACCAUUUCCGUGCUGGAUCAACUACACGCUGCUGGCAUAGACAAAAAUCAAUUGGAUGGCAUAAUACGCGAACUCUUUGGUUGGAGUCCAAGUGUGGCAACGACGAAUGGCACCACAACCGCUGCAACUCCAGCAGCUCCAACACAGAGUCCAGCUGCUGUUCUGCCUCCAGCUAAUCAUCCAUUAGGAAUUUAGUUUCCACAAACAUCUCAUAUUUGAGUAAUACAUAUAUAUCUAUUAUAUAUUUGUUUUAACCAUUGAAA